AUGCUCAAUAAAUACAUCGUAAUUGCGUCAUCCGUCCUUGCGACUUUGCUCUCUACAGCAUCCGCAGUCGAUUUGGAUGCCCUGCUUCUGCUACCGGGGGUCGAGUCACAUGACGGCAGUAAUACUGUGUUUUCUAAUAGCGAUUUCUAUCAGACGUCUUUUGUCGAGUCCAUUGCUCCUGCUAUCGUCAACAGCUCCGUGAUCUUCCACGAUAUGUCUCGUGGUGUAGUCAUUGGCAACGUCAAGAGCAGAGUAAGUGUCUCCAACGAAGAUACUUAUUACGACUGGGUUCAGUACCAGAUGGUGAGAAGUGGUGAUUGGGGAACAGAAUGGUCUCCUGUCUCUGACUGUAUCUGGAGGGACGAGAAGGACAAAAGCGACGACACGCCAAAUAUGUUUCCCAUCUCAGUGCCGUUUAGCUGGACGUCCGAGUAUUCUAUUGUCGACUACGACAAGGAUGCUAACGAUGACGGCCUAGACAUGGGGCUCAUCAAAUCGUUGUUGAACAAGAAGAAUUGGCACCAAAUGAACGAAACCGUCUCCGAAUCGAGUAUUAUGGUGGCACCGAUGAUAAAGCCAUACAACGUGGUCCAACUGUGGUACCGGAAGCACAUGAUUUGGGCGGACGUUCAAAAGCAAACUUGUAGCGGGAGUCACGAUUCACUAAGCGUAGCAUGUAGUGCGUGGUCCAAGUAUUAUCGUGUGGACGCCCCUGCGUCCGAUGAACCUAUCGCAUCUUAUAUGACGAAAAUGUUGGAAGAUGAGGUUCAGUGUCCAAACGUGGAAAAUAGGACCACCUCAGAGCGUCUCCACCUGGAUAUGGAAGUGCCAGAGUCGAAAUCUUUCUGGACUUCAUUAAAGGAUAAACUCUUCUCUAAAAAAUGA